AUUCACCAAGUGUGCAGACUGAUGCGUCUCUCCUCCCACACCUAAUGUAUGCAAUAUUAGCUCUGUCUAUUAGAAUAAGCGCCGAACAAAAUGGAGUAAUAGUCCGUCGACAAACAUAGAAUUAUAAUAUCAUUCGUCAAAGAUUCGCUUACUGUUGAGAAGGUGCAAUAUCAAAUCUUCAAAAAUGGAAUACAGGUUAUUUUUACGUCCUAUCUUUGCGUUUAUCGUGGCUUUCAUUAUGUUUCCUCUGAGGUCUGUCUGUGAUGAUCUGAGCUACAAUAUUCCGGAAGAAACGAAGCGCCAGUAUGUGAUUGGAAAUAUAGCAAAGGAUCUCAGGAUGGAUGUGAAACAAUUAUCUGCUCGUAAGGCUCGGAUAGACAGUGAGGACAGCAGCAAACGGUACUGUGAUAUUAAUCUGAAUACUGGUGAUUUAAUCGUGGCAGAGACAAUAGACCGAGAGGAGCUUUGUGGAUCUCGAAUGUCCUGUAUUGUCAGUAAUGAGCUCGUCCUGGAAAACCCUCUUGAAGUCCAUCGUAUAAUUCUGCAAAUUCAGGAUAUAAAUGACAACGCACCACGAUUUCCAAAUGAACGUAUUCACUUUGAAAUCAGAGAAUCAGCAGUUAAAGGCCAGCGAUUUCGUUUGCAUGAGGCUCAUGAUUCAGAUAUCGGGAAUAACGCACUCAAUGGUUAUUCACUAGAGAAAAAUAAGCAUUUUGUUUUAAAUGUUCAUGAUACUGCAGAUGGGGGAAAAUACGCUGAACUCGUGUUGGAAAAGGAGUUGGAUCGUGAACAGCAGAAGGAGAUAGAUAUGAUACUCACAGCCACUGAUGGUGGUUCACCGCAGAGGUCUGGCACUGCUGUCAUACACAUCACUGUUCUCGAUGCUAAUGAUAAUGUCCCAGUGUUUAGUGAGUCUGUUUAUAAAGUCACCCUGGCUGAAAAUACACCUUCAGGAACAGAAAUAAUCCGAGUGAGCGCCACUGAUGCUGAUGAAGGUCAAAACGGGGAAGUGACUUAUGAAUUCAGCAGAAUUUCACAUAAAGCUGCCAAAUUAUUUUCUAUUGAUAAGACAACAGGGCAAAUUAUGGUGGUUAGAGAAACUGAUUAUGAAAAUGAAAAAAACUAUGAAAUGGGGAUCCAUGCUCAGGAUGGUUUUACUAAUUUCUGA